GAAAAUAAAGAAUUUCUUUUAUUAAUGAUUAUAAUUAUAAUUAGACAAAAAAGGAAUUUUUUUUUGCUUAUAAUCUGACAAAAUAGGAAAAAAAAAGAUACUAUACCUAAUUGUUUGGUGUAGUGGGUGAUCCUGUGUGAGUGGUGAGUGUGUGCUUUGAUUUUUCAUAUGAGACCCAUUUUUUUUUUCUUUUUCAUCUCCUAGACUCCUACCAUACCAUAGUACAAUGUAUCUCCAAAAUAAAUCUCGAUCGCAGUGUUAGCUAAGAUUAUCGAUUCAUCACUUGCGGUGGUAGAAACCAUGUCGAAUCAUGUCUAUCUUCAUGUUGUUUCUAUUCUUUUGGUGGUGGUCGGAAACUAUAAUUAUGUCAGAGUUUUCGUCUAUGGUGUGGUUGAUGAAUACGGAAGAGAUGAUUUUCCCGCUGAAUUCGUUUUUGGUUCCGGAACUUCUGCUUAUCAGGUUGAAGGAGCAGUGCUGGAAGAUGGAAGAAGUUUCAGCAUUUGGGACACCUUCGCCCACUCAGGUUUCUAUAGCGGUGCAAAUGGAGACAUAGCAUGUGAUGGGUAUCAUAAAUACAAGGAAGACAUUCAACUUAUGGCAGACACAGGUUUGGAAGCAUAUAGAUUUUCCAUCUCUUGGUCCAGACUCGUCCCAAAUGGAAGAGGAUCUGUCAAUGUAAAGGGCUUACAAUUCUACAACGAUUUCAUCAAUAGGCUUAUCACCCAUGGAAUACAGCCACAUGUUACAUUACAUCAUGAUGAUCUACCACAGAUACUUGAAGAUGAAUAUGGAGGAUGGAUUAGUAGAAAAUCAGUGAAAGACUACGUUGCGUAUGCUGAUGUUUGCUUCAGAGAAUUUGGUGAUAGGGUUUUGCAUUGGACUACCAUUAAUGAAGCCAAUGUGUAUGCUUUAGGUGGUUAUGAUGUGGGUUUCUUACCUCCUGGACGUUGUUCUUCCCCAUUUGGUUACAUUAACUGUAGCAGAGGCGACUCUACUACUGAGCCAUACCUUGCAGCUCACCAUAUGCUUCUGGCACAUGCAUCAACUGUGAAAUUGUACCGUGAAAAAUACAAGGCCAUGCAACAUGGUUUUGUUGGAUUAAAUGUCUUUGCGUAUUGGUUUGAACCUUAUACAAACACAACGGAAGAUGUCAAAGCUACACAAAGAGCCCAUGACUUCUAUUUGGGCUGGUUUUUGAAUCCUUUGGUGAAUGGGGACUACCCAGAAAUAGUGAAGAAGAAUGCAGGCAACCGAAUUCCAACUUUUACCGAACUUGAAUCAGAGAGAAUUAAGGGUUCAUUUGAUUUCAUUGGCAUAAAUCACUACAGCACGCUAUAUGUAAAGGACAACCCAAGUAGUCUUGAAACGGAUACCAGGGAUGUUCUUGGAGACAUGGCAGCAACCCUUAUAUAUGGCGGAGAUGAUGGAAAUGGAUCCCUUCCAACUCAGUUCCUGGUGAAUCCAAUGGGUCUCGAAAAGCUUCUUAACUAUUUAAAGGAAGAAUAUGAGAAUCCUCCUAUCUAUAUCCAUGAAAAUGGCCAAGAACAACCACGUAAUGGAACAUUGACGGACACCCCAAGGGUAGAGUACUUGCAUGCGUAUAUUGGUGCUUUAUUGGAUGCAGUAAGGAAUGGAUCAAACAUGAUGGGAUAUUUUGUUUGGUCCUUCUUCGAUCUCUUUGAGCUGUUGGAUGGCUAUAAUUCUGGUUUUGGUCUAUAUUAUGUUGAUUUGGAUGACAAAGAAUUGACUCGGUAUCCUAAGCUUUCUGCUCAUUGGUAUGCCAAAUUUUUGAAAGGAAAGAACAUGAGUGACAUAAUUCUAAACUUGAAGAGGUAGAUCAUGGUGAGGACACGUUUGAUGCCCGAGAGCAGUGAUACCAGUGAUGAGGAGAUCCGCCGGAUCAUCCACGAGGAGGUGGCUGCGGCCAUCAGGGCAGAGAUACCAGAGAUGUUCGGGUCUUUGAAGACCACGCUGAUUGAGACUUUUGACGAGCGUUAUGCCGCUCUUUCUGAGGCUGCUGUUGCAGCGGCCACCGCAGCUAUUGCUGCCGCGAGGCCGCAAGGUGGUGAUGCGUUGCUGUUCCGGGAGUUCAGCAACACAAAACCACCAGAGUUCGAUGGGACCCAGGACCCGGUGGCAGCUAUGAGGUGGAUUUCUGACAUAGAGGGGUGUUUCUUCACUUGCUCAUCUCCUGAGCAUUUGAAGGUUCGGUUCGCGCUGAACCAGCUUCGCUUGGGAGCGAAGGACUGGUGGAAGUUUGUGACGGCGCACUUUACGCCUGCUGAGCUUGCGGCAGUGACCUGGGAGAGGUUCACUGCCAUGUUUCAAGAUGAGUACGUUCCACAGGUGGAGAGGGAGCGUUUGGCCCAGGAGUUUUUGACCCUCAAGCAGGGUACCAAGUCGGUUACAGCGAUUACUAGGAUGUUCCAUGAGAGGGCGAUGUUCUGCCCUGAGCACGUGUCCACCGAGCAGGCACGUAUGAGCCGAUAUCUGAGUAUCUUGAGGCGAGACAUUCGGGAGUUCGCGGCGAACUCCUCGUACCGGACAUUUGCUGAGCUUCAGGCAAAUGCCCGGAAGAGGGAGAUUGAGCUAGAGACGCAUGCCAGGGAGGAGGCGGAGUCUCAGGGGAGGGAUCGGCGACCGACACAGUCUCAGCCGGCAGCCAAGCGGGCUAAGCCCGCUGAUCCCAAACCAGGGAGCCAGAAGGGCCGCACUUAUGGGAAGUGUGGCAAGGGUCAUGAUGGAGUCUGUAGAGCGGGAUCUUGCUACAAGUGUGGCAAGGAGGGGCACAUGGCCAAGGACUGCCCCAAGGGGUUUGCGGUGUGUUUUCACUGCAAUCAGACCGGACACCGGAAGGCAGAGUGUCCGCAGUUGCGAGGAUCAUCUGAGGGAGCACCUCAGGGAUCUGCCCCUGCUGCCAUCGGAGCUACAGAGAGUUGGCCAGUGAAGGCCGAGGCGCCGAGGGCACGAGGGAGAGCUUUUCAGCUGAUCGCGGAGGAGGUCCGCGCAGCACCCGACGUCGUGGAUG